CCAAAACUUAUACUUUGGAUUUAACAAACUUUAUCAAAUUGUAAUCUGUGUCUGACAGUUCCCAAUGGGAUUUUUAAAUGACAAUCGCAAAAUAAAUAAAUAACACGCGGCUCUUAAAAUGAUAAAUAUUUCGUUGGAACGUGUCGGGUUAGCGCUUUAUCGAUUGAAAAAUUAGUAGUGCGAUCUGAAAAGCACUUACCGUUACGUCUAUGCAGAUGACACCGACCACUUUUCAUUGUGGCCUUUUCUUGAAUCCGCAUGUGGAAAUUUAGAUAAUAGCAGGUAAUUAUAAUUAUGUCAUCGGUCGAACAGACGACGAUUAGGAAUAACGAGAAGAGAAUAAGAUUCAGAACUCCCUCGAAGGUUUUAUUUAGUAGUGAUACAAGUUGUGAAGGAUAUGAUAGGAGGGCUUAUAAAGACAUGGGUUCCAAAACAGAAAAAUCUCCCUCCUUGAUGUCUUUCUUGCAAGUGGAGGUAACGAGGGAUUAUUUAUUGGAAAAUGACGAAGAACGUUUUGCCGCAAGAAGGGAAAAGAUUUAUUCAUUUAUGAAAAUACCAAAGGAGGUGGAAAAAUUUAUGCAAUAUGGGUUUAUGCAGUGCAUGGACAGUUUUCUUUUUGUUUAUACCUUUUUACCUCUAAGAGUCCUUCGAGCAUUGUGUGGUUUAGUAACAAGGCUGUUUUCAAAAUGUUUUGGUAUGGCCAAUUCAAGGAACAAGCGUUUAUUAACUCCAGCAGAGAUAUGCGAUCUUCUCAAGGCUGUUAUUCUUAUAUUUUGCACUGUGAUGUUGUGGUCUAUUGAUACGAACAUGAUGUAUCAUGUGAUAAAAAGCCAGUCAGUGAUAAAACUGUAUAUAUUUUAUAAUAUGCUUGAGAUUGGUGAUAGACUGUUCAGUGCUUUUGGACAGGACACCAUUGACGCCUUAUUCUGGACUGCUACUGAACCCAGAGGCAGGAAGCGCGAACACUUGGGUGUUAUCACUCAUUUAGUGUUUGCUAUCGUUUAUGUUGUUCUUCACAGCGUCUUGGUGUUAUUUCAAGCGACUACUUUAAAUGUGGCCGUAAAUUCGAAUAAUAAGGCUCUUUUGACCAUAAUGAUGUCAAACAAUUUUGUUGAGCUCAAAGGGAGCGUAUUCAAGAAAUUCGACAAGAACAAUCUUUUUCAAGUGUCUUGCAGCGACGUUAGAGAGAGGUUCCACUUAAGCAUUCUCUUGUUCGUCGUUAUUUUGCAAACGAUGCGGGAAUACAAUUGGAAACUGGACAUAUUUUGGGUUCUCUCGUUCGAUUGCUUGCUGGUGUUGCUGGCGGAAGUGCUGGUCGACUGGAUCAAACACGCAUUCAUCACCCGCUUCAACGAACUGCACCUGGACGUCUACAAAGACUACCGGACCAGUUUCGCGUAUGAUAUGGCCCAGACGAGACAGAAACGAGCAUUUUCCGAUCACUCGGACUUGGUGGCCAGGCGUAUGGGUUUCAUACCACUCCCCCUGGGCGUGGUUAUGAAUCGGAUCUUCUUCUAUUCCGUCAGCAUAACCGACGUGCCUUCGUUGAUAAUAUUCUUCAUUGGUUAUCUGUGUCUGUGGUCCUGCAAGAUUUUGAACAGCGUCUUUGUGCUCGGCAAGGCUUGCUCGUUCAUCUCUCAGCAUAGAAUGGAGCGCAGCGCCGCCUCAGUCGAUUCUCCUCUAAGUAGGAGGGUUAAAGACAUAUCUACCAGUCCGGUGCAUCCCGUGGUCGUCGAGCAACCGCUCAAAAAUGGUUUCCCGCCGUUGGACGUCAAGGAACCACCGGGCGAUUUGAGCGCCGCCAUUUUUGCCAACAGCACGGUAGACUUGAAGAACGCGAGCCUGAACGAAGAACUGCUCAAGGUUAACGGCGAGGAUAUCAGGAUAGAGCAGGUGUGCGACGAAAUUGUGUCCAGAAGCGUGCCGGAUAUCAAAAGCGAGGUGGGCGACGAGGCGGUGGUUAAAAAUGACGUGGAAGGGCUGAAGAAGUCGGAGAGCGAGCCGAACUUGAACAGCCUCGAUGUCAGCCAGAGUAAAGACUAAUAGGCUGUGACGAUAUCGCGCGUGUGUACAUAAAAACAGUGAAAAUGGGUAUUUAUUUUUGUAAUACGAUGAAGUGUUUAAAUAAAAUGGUUG